AGCUUCUAGGGCUCUCUACUCAGCGUUUAUGUGGCGCUUGUAAAAAUGAGGUUGAGGACGCGGAAGGGGUCUCCGCGCAGCAGUCACGGGGCAGCAGGACGGACUGCUCGUUGCAAGAGGAAGCAUUCUGAGGAAGACGAGGAGGAAGAAAGCCAACUCAUUGAAGAAGACAAACUGCCCAAACAAGAAACUGGCUUACUAUCUACCAUCAAAAAUUUUAUCAAGGGCAGCACAAACAAGGAGGAUCGCGAGAACCCUGCAAAAAGGAGCAGAGUCGAACGAGACCUUGAUAACAACCUCAUCACCUCAACUCCACGAACAGGUGACAAGCCCAGCAAGCCCAUUGCACGUGUCCGGAGGAAAAGUCAAGUGAAUGGAGAAGCUACAGGUUAUGAAGUAAGUCAGCACAUGAAGCAAAAUGGGAAGCUGGAGGAUUUGCCCAGCACCACCAGUCCCCCUAGGACCACACUACUGGGGACUAUUUUUUCUCCAGUCUUCAACUUCUUCUCACCAGCAAAUAAAAAUGGCACAUCGGGAUCGGACUCACCGGGGCAAGCGGUGGAAGCCGAGGAGAUUGUGAAACAGCUGGACAUGGAGAAGGUAGAUGAAUUCAGCACCAGCACUGCUACAAAUGGAGCUUCUUACCCAAGUCUGGCUGCACCUGUCCGGAGUACUGCUAGUAGCUGGUUAGAGGGGACUGAAGAUAGUCCAGAAAGAGAGAUCCCUCCUCUCACAGCCCCUGUGUCUCCUGAAAGUGGAUACUCCUCAGCACAUGCCGAAGCUGCAUAUGAAGAAGACUGGGAAGUAUUUGAUCCAUACUACUUCAUCAAACAUGUCCCACCCUUGACUGAGGAGCAGCUUAACAGGAAGCCGGCUCUUCCUCUGAAAACCAGGAGCACACCUGAGUUCUCUCUUGUCCUUGACCUGGAUGAGACAUUGGUGCAUUGCAGUCUCAAUGAACUGGAAGAUGCUGCACUAACGUUCCCUGUGCUUUUUCAGGAUGUCAUUUACCAGGUGUAUGUCCGGUUAAGGCCUUUUUUCCGUGAGUUCUUGGAGCGUAUGUCUCAAAUUUAUGAGAUAAUCCUUUUUACAGCAUCAAAGAAAGUCUAUGCAGACAAAUUAUUGAAUAUAUUGGAUCCCAAAAAACGGCUGGUCAGACACAGGCUAUUCCGGGAGCACUGUGUGUGUGUCCAAGGAAACUACAUUAAGGAUCUGAACAUCCUUGGAAGGGAUCUCUCUAAAACAAUCAUCAUUGAUAAUUCACCACAAGCCUUUGCAUACCAGCUUUCAAACGGGAUUCCCAUUGAGAGUUGGUUUAUGGAUAAGAACGAUAAGGAGCUGCUGAAGCUUGUCCCUUUCCUGGAGAACCUGGUAGAACUGAAUGAGGAUGUGCGGCCUCAUAUCAGAGACAGAUUUCGCUUGCAUGACUGCUUACCCCCGGACUAAAGAGGACAGCAGUCAGACACCUGCAGGGCCCCUGGACUAGAGAUGGCAAGAGUCGAACGCCUGCAGGGAAUGGAGAUGCAGGACCCCAGGACUAAAGCAAAACUGUACACAAAUAUAUUUGCCAUAACCUCUGAAGGCGUGUUAUUUGCUGUCUGAAAAGAACGGUUUUACCGUGGCGUUUUGUAAAGUCACUACACCAGGCAGCUCGUCCUAUUCCCAGGAUUUGUCACUUCUCAGACAGACACUUCAAUGUUCACGAGCCACGGGGCACAUCCUAUCACCUGUCUACUAGCCAGCUUGUCAUCAGGAACGGCCAGUGAGAGAUUUUACCUCUCCAAUUUAAAGUCCACAAUGAUCCUUAUUAGUCUAGAUUUACAUUAUCCAUUCCUUGUAUUUCAGUCGCUUGAGUCUGUUCUUAAGUAGCCAAAAUGUUACUUUUAUUUGCAUCCUAUCUUUUUGGCUGAUUUUAUUUUAUGCUUGCAUAAUGUAUAUUUGUUUUUUUAAAACAAAAGGAAAUCUUAAAGUACAAUCCAUGUAAGCUUCAUUUAGAAAUACACAAUGUAUCUUUUAUACCUAUCCGUAAUAAUCUUAGUACACAUUUUUAAGACAAAAAAGAAAAAAAAAAUUUAAAAAGAAAAGUGAAUAGCCUGGGAAUGUAAAGGUGUGUACAGAGAAGGGAGUACCUGCUUGCAGCUCAGUCCAGAAUGUGGUAGGGGGGUGUUGCCUAUAAUGAGUGGAGCCUGACCUCUAAUUACAUGUUUUCUCCCUGCCUGUUGGUAUAUACAGGUAUGUACCCAUGUGUGGUAUAUAUAAUAUAUAUAUAUAUACAAACAGCGUUCUCCCUUCCCCAUUCAUCCACACCUCGGUACUGAUGCAGUUUGUUUGAAUGGUGGAUAUUUUUGUAUGAUGUGGUCUUCUCUCCCUGCAGGGAAGGGUUUUAGAGGGGUGUAUGGCAAUGCUUUCUCUGGUGGGUGUACUUGUAAAUAUUUGGCUGUGCACUCGCUGCGUUCACACGAAAGAGAUGGCACUUUUAUUCAUUUUUUUUCCCUCCUUUUUUUUUCUUUUCUUUUUUUUUUAUCUAAAAAAGAGGUUUGUAUUUUGUAAGCUUGUUCAGAGAGUACAGUAUUGGAAAUUAAAGAGCUCUACAGAGGAGGCUGUUCGUCCUUUUUGUUUCUAUGUAUAUUACCUGUUUAACUGUAUGCCAUUUAUUGUAUAAAUUACACACAGAUUCAUUUUCCAGUCACUCCUUAAAGUAAGGAGUUUUUUUUAGUAAGUUUUUAGGAAAACAUUUAAUUUUUGUAUUUUUGAUUUUAAAGGAAAAAAAAAGCAUGAGUUAUGUCAUAUUUUCAGUGUAUUAAUGAAGAAUUUAACCUUUUCCCUCUGGGUGGCUGUUUUAUUCCAUUGGAUCUGUCUGCGUUAUUGGUGCAAUGUCAUGCAGUCGUUUAACAUGAACUAUUUCUUAUCUGCGGACAGAUGUUCUCUUUGGAGAAAAGGGAAACUGAUUGAAACAGGAUUUUUAAAAAUUAUUUUAUUCUUAAUGCAGAUUUUUUUUUUCUUUUGUGUUUGUAUAUGAACACCAGGUAUUUAACCUGCAGGGUUGUGCUUGGCCUUCUUCAAAAUUGUGUGCGAUCUAAAAAUAAAAUACAUAACGUUUACCUUUUUAUAAAA